UGUAAAUAUUGGACAAACCAAUAUUUUGUAAGAAUCGCGUGGAUUUGCGGAAAUUAUUGCAAAAAUGGGAAAAACAUCAAAAGACAAGCGAGAUAUUUACUACCGGUUGGCAAAGGAGGAAGGAUGGCGUGCAAGGAGUGCUUUCAAGCUCCUGCAAAUUGAUGACACAUUCCAUAUCCUCAAUGGAGUCACUCGGGCUGUUGAUCUCUGUGCUGCCCCUGGAAGCUGGAGUCAAGUGCUCUCGCGAAGAUUGUACGAAGGACGAGAGGAGAGUGCUGAUGUGAAGAUCAUAGCAGUGGAUUUGCAAGCUAUGGCAGCUCUGCCGGGAGUUACCCAAAUUCAGGGAGACAUCACCAAGCUGAGUACAGCACAGGCCAUCAUUGAUCACUUUGGGGACAAGAAAGCUGAACUUGUCGUUUGUGAUGGAGCUCCUGAUGUCACUGGACUUCACGACAUUGAUGAGUACAUCCAAUCUCAACUUCUCUUGGCUGCUCUCAGCAUCACGACGCAUGUUCUAGCACAAGGGGGAACAUUUGUGGCUAAGAUAUUUCGUGGGAAGGACACAACACUCCUGUACUCCCAACUGGAUAUUUUCUUUGAUUCAGUCUCCAUUACAAAACCCCAAAGUUCACGGAAUUCCAGCCUGGAGGCCUUCGUUGUGUGCAAGAAGUACAACCCACCAGAAGGUUUCGUUCCGCAGAUGAUUAAUCCCAUGAUUGACAACGUGAAGCUCCUGACUGAACAGACUGAAUCGCAGGUUAAUAAGAAGCUGAUCCCAUUCAUUGUAUCCGGGGAUUUGCGGCAUAACUACGACUCUGACAUGUCCUACAAUCUCUCCGUGAAUACAGAUGGACAGUAUGAAUGGAAGGAUGCUGUUCAGAAGCCCAUUUGUCCACCUUAUGAAGAGAUUAUUGAAAUGACAAGAACAGUAUCGCUGAAAAAUGCUGCAAUUGUGAAACCAGGCCAGAAAGGCAAUGAGAAAUAAAUUUUCUUUUUUUCCAAUAUAAAAAA